AUGGCAUCAGGGAAAGAAGAGAAGAAGAAAGAAGAAGUUGAAGUGAUAACUGCAAUUUACAAAGUUAAUCUCCAUUGCAAUGAAUGUGGGAGGAAGAUCAAGAAGCAUCUGAUGAUGAGCCAAGGGGUGCAGGGUGUGGAAAUAGAUAUUGAGAGAGGAGAAAUCAAAGCAAAAGGGAAAAUAGAUCCUUUGAAAAUGUUGAAGCUGAUUGAGAAGAAAAGCCAGAAAAAAGUUGAAUUAAUAUCCCCAAAAGUGAAGCCUAAGGAGAUCACCAUAGCAGAUAAAAAACCAAACGAAAUCAAAGAUCCAAUUAUCCGCAUCAUCUCGGUGAAGGUUCACAUGCAUUGUGACAAAUGUGAGGUUGACCUAGAAUCUAGAUUAAUAAAGCACAAAGGUAUUUUCAAUGUGAAAACGGACCAGAAAGCUCAAAAUGUUACAGUGGAAGGCACCAUUGAAGUGGAGAAAUUGAUAUCAUUUCUGAGAAAAAGGGUGCACAAGAAUGCUGAGAUUGUUUCCAUAAAGGAGGUGAAGAAGGAAGAGAAGAAGGGCACAGAGGAAGGGAAAACUUCUGUAACCACCAAAGAGAAGGAUCAUGGUGAAUCAACCAAGAAAAAAGAUGGUGAUGAUAGUGGUAAAGUUUCUGGUGAAUCAGCCAAGAAAAAAGAUGGUGAUGGAAGUGGUAAGAGUUCUGGUGAAUCAGCCAAGAUAAAGGAUGGUGAUGAAACUGCUAAAAGUUCUGGUGAAUCGGCCAAGAAAAAAGAUGGUGAUGAAACUGCUAAAAAAUCUGGUGAAUCAACCAAGGAAAAAGGUGGUGAGACAACCAAAAUAAUAGAGACUCGUGAAGGGCACCCCAAAGAGGAGGCUAAGAUUAAGGACAAUGUUCCUUAUAUUAUUCACUAUGUCUAUGCACCACAACUCUUCAGUGAUGAGAAUCCAAAUUCAUGUUCUAUUUUAUAA